AUGGAAGCGCCGGGCCUGAGAAGCCUAGCUCAAAAUCUGACCAGCCUGGAAGAACUUCUCCUUAGUCGCGUCAAUAUGUCGUCCCAAGUGCCCAACACUCUGGCGAAUCUGUCUUCACUGAGAAGGCUGGACAUGAGUUAUUGCGACCUGCACGGUGUAUUUCCGUCUGUCAUUUUUCAUUUACCGAAGCUGCGAUAUCUAGAUGUGGGUCAGAAUGAAGUCACGGGCCGCUUGCCUAAGUUCAACUCGAGUAGUCCUCUUGAAGAGCUGCAACUGACAAUCACGAGCUUUUCUGGGGAGCUACCCGCUUCAAUCGGAAUCCUUCCAUCCUUGAGCCAUCUCAGUGUAGCUGAUUGCAAAUUCUCAGGAUCCAUCCCAGCUUCACUUGCUAAUCUUAGCAACCUCAAAGAGCUGGAUGUCUUAGGGAACCCAUUCACUGCCCAGUCCAUUUCCUCUAUUUCUUGGGUUUGGACAAAGAAGAAGCUCGCAACUUUGAGACUCGCAAGUAUCAAUCUAUAUGGCGAGAUUCCACCUUCAAUCGGAAACUCGUCUCAGCUUGAUUUUUUAUGGUUACAGUACAACCAAUUAAGCGGUGCCAUCCCAUCUCAGCUCAUGAACCUCACUCGACUGACUUUUUUAAGCCUCAAAGGCAAUCGACUAUCAGGUUCUAUACCGUCUUGGCUUAUGAACAUGACUCGACUGGUUUACCUUGACCUUGCAUUCAAUGAAUUUAGCGGUACUAUUGAGCUAGACAACUUUCACAAGUUCAAACAUUUGAAAGGGCUGCAAGUAUCAUCUAACAGGCUAUCAGGCUGCAUGAGUAGCGCGAAUCUUAUUUUUCCUCAGCUUAUUACCCUAGGACUGGCUUCAUGCAAUUUGAACGAGUUUCCGGCAUUCUUACAAAACCAAGAGGAUAUUGAGUGGUUGGACUUGUCCAAUAACAACAUUACGGGAGAAGUGCCCUUUUGGGUGUGGGAUGGAAGAUUUAAAAGCAUGCAGCACCUGAAUCUCUCCCAUAACUUCUUAACUGGUCUUGAUCGAUAUUACCCAAUGCAUACUUUAGAUGCGUACACGAUAGACCUCUCUCAUAACAUGUUGAAAGGACCACCCCCUAAAGCACCAUCAUCGACAGUGACCUAUAUAGUAUCCAACAACAGCUUGAUGGGAGCAUUGCCAGCAUGGAUAUGCAAUUUAAGUUCAGCAAUCAUACUAGACUUGUCUUCUAACAAUUUGACCGGUGCUCUUCCCAUUUGUUUGGGCAAUAUCAGCAAAUCACUCUUGGUAUUGAACCUAAAAGGCAACAAUUUCCAAGGAAGCAUUCCAGAGCUCUCAGGGACACAAUUGAUGAUGAUUGAUUUGAGUGACAACCAGUUGCAAGGCAAAUUACCGAAAUCCUUGGCCAAUUGCAAAAAGCUCAAGUUCAUCAAUUUUGCAAACAAUCUCAUCAUGGACACCUUCCCAUCAUGGUUGGGAUCACUACCAGAGCUUCAUAUCCUUAUUUUACGAUCCAAUAAAUUCCACAGUGUCAUAGAGAGGCCUAAAUCUAGUCAUGCGUUCCUUAAGGUGCAGAUACUUGACCUCUCUUCUAAUGCAUUCAUCGGUAAGUUGCCCAUGGAAUUCUCUUGGUCUUGGAAUGCCAUGAAAUCCGAGACGCGGGACUUUACAUACAUGAGCAAAUAUCUAUAUCUGUCACAUUACAUUACAUUGGCCUACUAUGGCUAUUAUGAUUUUUCCAUGACAGUGAUCUACAAAGGGCUCAAAUGGUAUUACCCAAAGAUACUAGAAGCCUUCACGAUCAUUGACCUCUCCAACAAUAUGUUCAGAGGAGAGAUCCCCAGUGCCAUAGGUGAUCUAAGAGGAUUGCAAGGGCUGAACUUGUCCAACAAUCUCCUCACUAGUCACAUCCCAUCAUCGUUAGGGAAUCUCAUAGCGCUUGAGUCAUUGGACCUUUCUCGAAACAAACUCUCGGGAAAAAUCCCCCAGAAGCUAACAGAACUCGGGUUCCUUUCUUUCCUGAACAUAUCUUACAACAAUCUGAGCGGGCCUGUGCCUAGGGGGAAACAAUUCGAUACGUUUUCGAACGAUUCUUUUGAAGGAAACUCAGGAUUGUGUGGGGAAUUCAUAUCCAUGAAAUGUGGAGAUUCAGCAAAUAAGUCAGGACAACCUUCAGCCUACCAAGAAGAAGACCUAGGAUCACUAAUUGAACUCAAUUGGAAAAUUGUUCUUAUGGGGUAUGGGAGCGGCUUAGUGAUUGGAGUGGUCAUCGGAAAUGCAUUCAUCUCCAGGAAACAUGAUUGGUUUGAAGGAAAUGCCAGGAGAAGGCAACAACCUAGUCGAAGGCAGCCUAGGAGAGGUAGGAACUCCUAG